CUACCCUACAACCCAACAAUUCCUACAUCCCCGACACCAACUACUUCCUCUUCCUUCAUUCCGCCCAUGUUCCGCACCAGUAUACAAAAAGCAGCCUCAGCUGCCCUGCGCCCGCACCCGCACCCGCACCCAGUCCCGAAACCCCAAACCUUCGCCACCAUCGCCCCAGUAACCUCCGGACAAAACCACAAAGUGGUAGUAAUAGGCGGCGGCACAGCCGGACUCUCCAUCAGCCACCAGCUUCUUCGCUCAGGCCGAUUCACACCUCAAGACAUCGCCGUGGUCGACCCAGCAACCUGGCACCACUACCAGCCCGGAUGGACAUUAGUCGGCGGGGGUCUAAAGACCAAAGAGGAGCUACGACGACCGAUGCACGAUCUGGUCCACCCCGAUCUGAAAUUCUAUAACGAUGGAGUCCGCACCUUCUCCCCGGAGGACAACACCGUCACUCUGAGCAACGGAGAUCGAGUAACCUACGAGCAGCUGGUCGUGGUACCCGGGAUCCAAAUCCAGUAUGACAAGAUCAAAGGCCUACCUGAGGCGUUGGCCGCGUCAGAUUCAUUAGUCUCGUCUAUAUACGGCUACGAUACAUGCGACAAGGUGUUUCGCACAAUCCAACAACUCCGUAAGGGGACUGCGUUGUUCACGCAGCCAACGGGCGUGGUUAAAUGUGCCGGGGCCCCGCAGAAAGCUAUGUGGCUUGCGUUGGAUCACUGGAAGAGAAAGGGGCUGUAUAAUGUCGACCAGUCUCAGUCAGACAUCCAGAUCAGCUUUGCUACAGCCUUGCCUGCCAUGUUCGGUAUACCCAAAUACAGCGUCACACUGGAAAAGCUACGACAGAAGAACAACGUGGAGGGAUUAUUCCAGCACGAUCUGGUGGAAAUCGACGGAAAUACAGCAGUCUUCGCUCAACCCAACGGACAACAAUUAGUGAGAAAGCACUAUGAUCUGUUGCACGUGGUUCCGAAGAUGGGUCCGUAUUCUUUUGUCAAGGACAGUGCGCUUGCGAAUGGAGCGGGAUUUGUGGACGUGGAUGAGUCUACAAUGCGUCAUACGAGGUAUGCGAAUGUUUGGUCGGCGGGUGAUGCGUCCAGUCUCCCGACAUCGAAGACCAUGGCUGCGGUUGCUGCACAGGCGCCGGUGCUGGUGCAGAAUCUCUUGCGAGUGAUGGAUGGUCGUGAUCCCAGCCGCAGGUAUGAUGGGUAUACCUCGUGUCCGCUCGUCACACAGUAUGGUAAGGUUCUUUUGGCGGAGUUUAAGUAUGGUGGAGUACCUAAAGAGACCUUUGCAAUGCUGGGUAUUGAUCAGGCGGUUCCGCGGAGGGCGUUUUAUUAUAUGAAGAAAUACUUUUUCCCGUGGGUAUAUUACAAUUCGAUGGUUAAGGGGACAUGGGGCGGGUCGCAGGGCUGGCUGAAGUGAUCGUGGAAUAGAUUUGGCGGUUACCUCUGGGAAGAAUGGAGAAUGCGAUAGCCCGUUUUCAUAAUCUAGACUAUGUAAUAUAACCUUUUCACCAAAAGACAAUGUCAUUUAUCACCGCAAUCUUUGACAGAGAGUCCUUUCUACCAAAGAUCGGGGUUUGCGCCGGCAACUAGAUACCGAGAGAGAGAAACACGGUGACAGCAGAAGCGGGGAU